UCAGAAACGAAGUUGGAUAGACUCGACUAUGUUCCACCAUGCAAGCCGUCUGGGCCAGGUAUUUAGGACGCAGCACUGAAAAACUGCGACAAGGAAUAUAUGAUGCGGUUCAUAUGACAGGCGCAGACAUACCAAGUCGAGCUCCGCGUACUCUGUUCAGCUUCAACAACCGCGAAGACAUACGACAAUUUCUCAAAGGAUGCGACGCUGACAUCGGCGGCACCUCGACGGUGAACUUUGAUCUCGACGAGUCUCCCAAACACAAUGCGGCCAUUAGAAGGGCAGCCACUGGCGUAUUUUACGGCGACAUGCGCCUAGCGGUAAAGCCAGGGAUGGAGGGGCAAAUAAAGGGAGGAUACGCUGCUAUUCAGAGCAAGCGCCGCCCAACCCUCUUCGGCGAUAUUCUGGAAGAGAUUGAAUAUCAUUCGUAUCUGGCUCUUCGGGUUCGCGUCGCUGGAGACCCCAGCACACACAAUUCCUAUUUUGUGAACGUACAAACGGACAGUAUGGUCCAAAACGACCUCUGGCAACAUCGGCUCUAUUUUAAGCGGAACGAUAACACCUGGGAAGAUAUCUUUAUUCCAUUUGAAAACUUUGUUCGCACAAAUUACGGCCAGAUUGCGGAAAUUAAGUCGGUGAUGAAUCGUAAAAAACUUCGCAGUAUCAACAUUUCACUCUUGGGAGGACAUAGCGGGGUCUCCGGAAAAUAUGAGCUCGGGAUUGACUCGAUUCGUAUAGUGAAUGAGGAGGAUGUGAAGUAUCCGCUUGUCGCCAACCAACAUAAUGAGAAGACAAGUGAUCAGGGCAAUUCGAAUUGGAAGGAUCUUUAUUGACAAGGUAGCAGCCAGGAAACGUCGUAUCCACUGACCUCACAUU